UAUCCACUUGGACAGUGGGGGUGGAUACACGCACGCACGCGAUCCUCCGCCGUCCGCUUCACCCCGCGCGGGCGAUCCUCCGCCGUCCGCUGGGCUCCGCCUCGGAGAUCCGGCCUCAUCCGCCUCGUCGUCUCCUCUCCUCCUCCCCCACUCGCGUCGCGUCUCCUUUCUUUAAUUGCUUCUCUCUCUUCUCCCAAUUGCAGUCCUCUCCCCCCCACUAAUCCCACCCGGUAAUCCCUCUCACGAUGAACGGCCGCGGCGGCGAUUCUCCGGCGACGAAUUGCUGCAGGGGCGGUUCUUCUUCUUCGUCUUCGUCUUGGCGCCGGUCGAUGUGGGUCUGGUCGUUGAGUUUGUAUGCGAUUUGACCGCUCCCACGCACCUGUGGCGUAGUUGGUUGCGGUGCAACUGUUCGAGCUAUUGACUGUUUGGCUGGCUCUCUCCUCGGCGUUAUUCUGUGGCCGUUUGGGGGAUUGGGAGUAUUGGAAUCCUACUCUUCCAGUUCUCCUAAGUUCUUCACAGGAACAAGUCUGCAAUCAGGAUGGUUUCUGAAGUCUUUGCUAACUUUGAGCUUAGUGACUUGAUGGGUAAUUGAUUCUCUUGGGUGUUGUUGCAUUUGUGCUGUAACGUGGAUAGGAGUCAUGGAAGGUGUGGUAACCAGUUCAGUUGGUGAACCAAAUCAAGACAAUGAGCCAAGGGAUUCUUCAAUAGAACUUCCCAGAGUCAUUACUGACAUGGAGACUUCAGCCAUGCAUGAUCCUGAAGCUCAAAAGCUAAUUGGACAUGAAGCUGAUACUGAAUUAACGCCUUAUGAAGGAAUGGAAUUUGAGUCUGAAGAUGCUGCGAGGGAUUUCUACAGCAAAUAUGCAAGACAUGCAGGUUUUAGAAUUCGAAUCAGCAGGUACACUCGUUCUAGACGUGAUAAUUCAAUAAUUUCUCGUCGUAUUGUCUGCUCAAAAGAGGGGUUUCAUGAAACUCGUGAUUGUGAAAACCUCCAUGUGGACCAGAAACAGCAAGCAAGGGUAGGAACUAGAGUUGGUUGCAAGGCCAUGUUAAUGAUUAAAAAGUUUGGGCCUGACAAAUGGGUUGUUACCAAAUUCAUAAAAAUCCAUAAUCAUGGACCGGUUCCACCAAGAAAACCUCAUGCUGGAGAACAUCAUGAUUGUGAUCUAAUGGAAAAUCCACAUUCUAUUGAGGUGGACCCUAUUGAUGAGCCAGUCGAGGGUAUGGAAUUUGAAUCUGAAGAAGCUGCUAAAUUAUUCUAUAUUAACUAUGCGAGGGUUAAUGGUUUCCGUGCACGUAUUAGCAGGUACUGCCGUUCAAGACGUGAUAAUUCAAUCAUUUCACGCCAGAUCGUGUGUUCCAAGGAAGGCUUCCGUGAGGUUCGAGCCAGAAAAGAUAUUACAGAUGGAGGCAAAACAACGAAGCGCCCUAGAAUGAUAACAAGAGUUGGAUGCAAAGCUAUGAUUGUAGUGAAAAGGAUGAACUCUGGAAAAUGGAUGGUUUCUAAAUUUGAGAAGGAGCAUAACCAUUCUUUGUUAUCUUCUAGAGCAGUCCCUAUUACAUCAAAUGAUUCUUCUAGAGAAGUUAUUGAUUUUGCUGCAACGAGUAAUGAUCCUAAUGAAGUAAAGGCUGAAGGAUGUAGCACAGGAAUUCAAUGUAAUUCUACAGAUUCACUAACUGUCCUUUACAACCAUCUAUGUCAGGAAGCCAUAAAAUUUGCAAAAGAAGGGUCAGUUACAGAAGAAAUUUACCAUGUGGCAAUGAAUGCCUUGAAAGAGGCUGCAGAGAAGGUUUCUGAAGUCAAAAGGAGUCACCCGACAAUGUCACAGAGUAAACAUGAAGUUAUGCAAAUGGAAACUAUGAGUGCUUCGCAAUGUUCAAAUGAUGACAAACAGAAAACAAUGACACCACAGCUCAAGUUUUUGCAAGAGCCCAGUCCCAGUCUUGUGCUAAUACCAACCAACCUUUUGACUCAUUCAAGCUCGAAUUGUGCUGACAAUAUUCCACUCUCAUGUGAUUUAACUAUAAAUGCGGGGGAAGUCAAGCAUGUAUCAGAAAGUUCUUGUUUGGCUGCGAACAGAAAGGAAGACUCUUCGCAGAAAUCCCAGGGAAAGGAUGAAAGGUUUCAUGUACUUUCUAAAGAAACUACGGUUGCUAUUCCUGCGAUACCUCUCACGCUGUACAUGCCUAUAAUGAAGAAUCCAACUGGAGAUUCUGCAGAUGGCCAAUACAGGUUGUUGGCCGCUCCUAUUGAAGCAGUUCCAAUUUCAUACCGUCCUGCAGAACCCAUCCAACAACCACACGGAAGUUUUCCUAAUUCAGGGCCACUACCCGGUUUUCUACCUAAACUGUACAAACGAGGAAAAGGUCCAAACUCGCUGGUGCAUGCUACUGCUCUUGCUUGUGGUGCUCGUGUCGUGCCUCCUGAGGAGGCUGCCUCGCUGAUCAAGGCUAUUGAGUCCAAGAUCAGAUCUGGAGGAGCCACAAUAGCAAAAUUGCCUUCAAGCAGCUUGACACCUCUAAUUCCUGAGGUCGCCUCUAUGUCAUCUUCUAGUGAAGAUGAUGAGGAAAAUGACCACAGUGAGCCACUGAUGGCGAGUGUUGAACACAACUGCCAUGAUCAGAGCUCUGAGGAAAUGAAGUUGGAGGCUGAUCCACCAUCAGAGUUGGAAACUGAAGCUGAGAAUUGUUCUGCGCAGCCAGAAAAUGAAAACAACGGUCCUACUCAUUGCUGACAACUGAGAAGUGAGAACUGAAGUAUUGAAGCUUUCUGAAAUCAAAGCCCCACAAGGUAGUGAUUAUAUAUAUACUGUAAAUUUUGAGCAUUUACAUAAGAUUGGAUUUAGGAUUCUAACAGCUUGUCUCACUUGAAUUAUAGAUUCUAAUUGUGAUAACUCAAAUAAUUUACUUCAAUAAAGGACUUGUAAAGAGGGUCGCCUUGCUGUUACAAUAUUUGUGGAUAAUGUAUACAUGCACUUUUAUAGAAAGAAAACUAAUGUCACAGUAUCUUAUAUUGAAA